UGUCGCUGGUGGACGCGUUUCGGUGGAUAUCGAUUGAAAUACCUACACACAUGUUGAACCGGCGGCGUUUUCUUCGACUCCACAUAAGUGACAAAUAAGUGCAAGUAAAGACGUGAACAUAUUUACAGGAUACAAAACAAACGUCCGCUAUGUGCGAUUUAUAAUUGCUGUUUUAGUGGUAGACCACGGCAUGGAGUCCAGCAGCAGUGUCGUCGCGGAGAUGGAGUCCUCCAGUCCAAGUGAUCACGGCCAGCCCACCCAGAUCACCUCCAUCGAUGGCUUCUUCAAUCGGAAACGGGGGCGUCCGCCAAAGAAUCGCUUUGUGGAGGUCUACAAGAGCGCCCAGCACUCACCGCAGGCCAUCUUCACCAGCUUUAAGCUGGAGAGAAGCGAAUACGCCGGCCCAGGAGCACCUGUUCCGAGUGGCUCAUCGUCAACGUUGGCCACUGCAGAGGAUCGUUUGUCUCUAACGGAUCACGAUGGAUCAGCAGCUGAUCUCACACCUAGUCGCUACCGGAAACGGGGUCGUGUUUGGGCCCCAUCAUCAUCAUCUUUGGAGCAGCCCAGCAAGAGAAUCGCCAAUCAGCCAACCCAUUUUGCAGCGAGAAGUGAGACAGAGUCUCAGAGUAGCCGCCAUGAGUCUUUAGCCCAGCCCACCUUGCAGCCCUUAGAGCCUUUAGAAACAAUCUCCUCGAAGAAUUUAUCAAGCAGAAUUUUGGAUAAAGUUUCAGUUGUUCGUGCGGCGGGAACUUUUUAUCCGGAGAAUGCGAACUCAGCUGCUCAACGGGAAACGCCGGAAGUGGGUAGUAGUUCGAGAUACAACAGUCGCCAGGAGUCGACCGACUUGGAGGUGGACCAGCCGGAGGAUCUGAGCAUGCGUCCAUCUCUGCCGGAAGCCACUGCCACACCGGCGGUAGUGGGACCAGCUCUGAAUAUGAAUCUGUUGCAGUUUAAGCAGCUGAUCGAUUUGUACCAGCGACAGGUGCUGUUGCCCAGCUUUUUGGCCGCAGCCAGUCAACCGUUGGCAUUACCGGGUUCAGCAGCAGGUCCUGGAGCUUCAGGAUCCCUUCUGGACAUGCGCAUUUUGCUGGAGAAUGCCGCUCAACAGAAGCUAAUGCUGCUCAAUGCAGCUGCAAGUGCAACGGCAAGUGCAGUGGCAGCCACAACAAUGGACUCCGGUCAAAGGACUGCGGCGAAACGGAUCCGGGAUCACGACAUUCCGAGUGGCUAUCUAAAAUUCCGCUUCAACGAGGACUGUGGAUUCGAGAGGUGUGGCUACCGGAAUCACCAGUCGCACUUCCACUGCAACCGGCGGGAUUGCCACUAUAGUUUCUGCGACAAGACCCGCUUUGUGCAACAUACGGCGCGUCAUGAGCGAAUGGACACGUUGAUGGGCGAUGAUUUCCGCCAAUUCCGGGCCAACAUGCAAUGCGGAGUGGCCAGCUGCUCUUAUGCCACGGCAAGUGGUGCAGCCACGGAGGGCAACCAUCUAAACAGGAUAGAUCCCACAGAUGCGGUUCCGGCAUGCUCGCGGAAAACUUCGCACUUCCACUGCCGCAAGUGCGAUUAUGUGUGCACGGAUUCGAACAAGGUGGUGGCCCAUCGAAGAUUGCACCUUCGCCAGGACUACGUGCGGAGUGCUGGCUUCCGCAAGGUGGCCGGAAACGAGCAGUGUGCUUCUCCCGGCUGCUCCUAUGCGCAGCGGCACACCCACUACCACUGCGUCACCUGCGACGGCGGAGUCCUUUCACGGGCACAACUGGCAGCACACAAACACCGGACAGGCUUUCCCAAACAGGAGGCGGAAACGACUCCCUAGAAUAUCUAAGAAACACAGCUAGACUCAAGGAAAUCUGAAAU